AUGGCAAAUCCUGUCUUGCAGAAACUACCUAGACACCCGAAACGGGUCAUUUUACAGCUCCGCGUGGACCAGUUCGAUGAUUGCCUACAAAGCGAUUUCGAAGAGGCCAUUGAGAAAUACCUUGUGGUAUCUGGGCGAUCCAUGAGUGAGCUACGCUUGGGACGACAUUUCAUUCAUAUAGAGCCUUUCCAGAGUGACAAUGUGCCUCAGAAAUACUUCCACAUUGUUCUCGAUCUGGAGCAAAGCCAAGGCCCCGUCGCUUUUUGCACGUUACCACAUGAGCUAUUUCAUAUUCGCCGGGCCGGCAAAGGAAUGCAGCUAUUGAAAACGAACAAUCCACUCAUCGCAGAGAAUCUGUUGAGGAAGAUACGUUCCUAUACUGAUGAGUUAUACCCUUGGGGAAGAACUCGG